GGGUUAAAAAUAAGGUUUGCCUUGGAUAACAAGAAAUUGCUUUUGCUUUCUAUCAGAUAUUAACUUUGGGUUUCCUUCGAUCCGAUUAGAAAUCUCGAGAAUGGGGAGAGGAAGGAUUAAGAUGAAGUUGAAAGGGAGGCGAAGAGAUUUGACGAAGAAGAAGGUGAGAGAGCUCUGCGAUUAUUGCGGAUUCUCUAGCGGCAUCAUUAGGUAUGAUGAACAAAGGCCACACGAACGAGAUCACGAAGCAGUGUCUAUGGAGAAUGAACUCAAGAGAUUACGGCUUUUAACCAGGAGAAUGACUUGUAAGGAUCUCGAUGGUCUGACUUUCCCCGAGCUGCUAUCACUUAAAAGCCAUCUACAGACUGCCUUGCUCAUUGUGAAGGACCAAACGAAGAAGAUAGAGCAGCUGCUUAAAGAAGAUGAUGGGUGGAUGCUUAUACGGAGGAAGGACGCAGAGGAUGGUAUGGGGAGAGAGGUUUCUGUUCCCUGCAAAUUCUCUACCAGCAGCACGGGUGAGAGACAAGGUGAUGAAGCACCAGCACCACCGCUGUCGCAACUGCAGCUACAAUUCGAGAGACGAAAUGCUGAACCCAUGAUGAUCGAAUACGGGAGAUUAUGGCUGUUGAAGGAGAGAAUGAACGGUAGACAGCUCGACGGUAUGAACAAUGCCGAGCUGGCCUUACUUCAAGCUAAGAUAGUACAUGGAUUGCAGGAGUUGCACGAGCAUAUGUAUGCACCAACAAUGGAAAAAAUCGCUAAGAAGCGCAGAUAUCUGUUAAGAGAGGUUCCCGGCCGGAGCUGAGCGCGAGGGACGAUGAAAGCUCAGAAGGCCACACCCGGCCAUCAAAUCUUUCUAUGAGACUCUUAAGUGACUUCUGGUUUCUCUAUUUCUAUUUUAGUUUAUCGUCAAUCCUGACUUUCCUCAUGUCGGGCCUCUCUUAGUUGAUUUUAAUAUGUCUUAAGUAAAUUUACUAAUCUAUUAUCAUAGUCGUGGCAUGUUACAGAUUUCUGUUAUAUCAUUUUUUUGCUUCAUACUUAGAACUUUCCGACCUCUUCUAUCAACAUCACCUUGAUCCUCA